UCUGGACUUCUACACUUUGGAAGUUCAUGGCGGGUUGCCGGCUGCCAUCUUGGAUCUCGUUCGUUUAAGAAGCCGGCCGCCCGCAAAAAUCUCGAGUUUCACACGGCCGCGCGGCCUCAGCUAUUACGCGAGUAAGCUCCGCGCUCUCGCAAAAAAAUCGGGAAUUCAUUCUAUUUAAUCCAGUCAAGAUUCAAGCUCGGAAUGCUCUAGGUUUAUUACUGUUCUCACAUGUACGUAGCUGGGUGAACAGAGGAAACAAAGUCAUUAAUAGCUGUAAGUUUGGAAUAGACAGUGGAGACAGUAUAUCUAUCAAUAAGGCACUUAUUAAUAAUAAUAUUUUGGAGAGAAUGGCAUUACCAAGUAGAGCACGAGUUUAUGCCGAUGUGAACUCACAUAAACCAAGAGAGUACUGGGACUACGAAUCUUACGUUGUUGAUUGGGGGCAACAAGAUGAUUACCAGUUAGUAAGAAAAUUAGGCAGGGGUAAAUAUAGUGAAGUAUUUGAAGCCAUAAAUGUUACAAACAAUGAAAAAUGUGUCGUAAAAAUAUUGAAGCCUGUAAAAAAGAAGAAAAUUAAAAGGGAAAUAAAAAUUUUAGAGAAUCUUAAAGGUGGGACCAACAUAAUUACACUCCAAGCAGUUGUGAAAGAUCCAGUUUCGAGGACACCAGCAUUGAUCUUCGAACAUGUCAACAAUACGGACUUCAAGCAAUUAUACCAGACGCUAAACGACUACGACAUAAGAUACUACCUCUAUGAAUUAUUAAAAGCAUUAGAUUACUGUCACAGUAUGGGAAUUAUGCACAGGGAUGUGAAACCGCACAACGUUAUGAUAGACCAUGAAAACCGAAAAUUACGGUUAAUCGACUGGGGACUUGCGGAGUUUUACCAUCCUGGUCAAGAAUACAAUGUUCGAGUAGCCUCUCGCUAUUUCAAAGGCCCAGAAUUACUUGUAGAUUAUCAAAUGUACGACUAUUCAUUAGAUAUGUGGUCGUUGGGAUGUAUGCUAGCGAGUAUGAUAUUCAGGAAAGAACCGUUUUUUCAUGGACACGAUAAUUAUGACCAAUUAGUUCGAAUUGCAAAAGUACUCGGGACCGAGGAACUGUUUGAGUAUCUUGACAAGUAUCAUAUUGAACUCGACCCACGUUUCAACGACAUUUUAGGCCGACAUUCGCGUAAGCGUUGGGAACGCUUUGUACAUUCAGAAAAUCAGCAUCUAGUUUCACCGGAGAGCUUGGAUUUCCUUGACAAGCUUCUACGCUACGAUCAUUACGAAAGAUUAACUGCGCGUGAAGCUAUGGAGCAUCCUUACUUUUAUCCCAUAGUAAAAGAACAAGGUCGAUUGACUAUGGUGUCAUCAUCACCUACUCCCAUGACAGGCUCAGUGCCUGUAGGUGAGUAGCGGCCCAGAUCAUCGUGGCGUAACAAUGAGCAGCGUACCGGUCCAUGGAACAAACGGAUUGGAAAGCAUGGAAGGCGUUGGAAGCGGGUGUUUGACCCCUUCGGAAGAACUGCCUCAACUCUUAUAAGUUCAGCAAUUCUGAACGGCAAACCAACUCCCGAUCUACUACAGAAUAUAACAAUGCAACAGCAGAUAUAUCGUAUCGCCAAGUACAUUCUUCUCUGCACCAAAAUCAUUCUGGUUUGUAACAGCAGCGGCUUCAUCGAUCCCGUCACUAAGACUGAAGUAUCUCACUUUGCUGUGUCUCCUGCAAAAACAUAUAACCAUUCGAAAUUCGCGAUGUACUUAGAGAAUCACGGGAGAUUAGGACCUCAGCGUAAAAUCAGUCGCGUGAAGACACAUGCUCCGUCCAUAUUGGCCGGUGUGCAUGCGAUAUCAAAGGCAGCGCGUUGCUUACUUCCGUUUCACGACUCGCGAUGCGCCCUACUAUAUCUACUAUUUUUUCUGAUGUUGCUAUUAUUAUCGUGUUUUUGGCAGAUCUAUAAAUGCAUAAAGAUGCAGCUAGAUCCACUCUCAUUCGAAAGACGAUUACUCGUGGUUACAUGAUAACAAGCAAGCGGUGGAGAUUUUAAGCAAAAAUCACCCGUUCGCAUUCACACUUGUACUCGCGUACACAUACAGACACGUACACAUACACACACACAUACACACGUACAAGCACACAUACAUAUACAUACCUUAGGCCAUUCAGUUUAGUAUUUUUAACGACGAUAAAAAUGUUCGUUUAUAUCUGAUACCACAAUAAUAGUUGAAUAAAAUGUUUGUUAUAGCCAAGUACUCUUUGUGCUCUGUGAAUACCUGCUUCUGUGCGUCCAGCGAGACAAAGUGGCUAAUACCGACCAAUUUUGGUCGGUCGUUGCUCUUUGAGGAGAAUCGAGGCAUCGUCGAGUUCGAAGAGACGCGCGAUAUGCAAGACAUCAAAAUUAACAGUCUACCCUCAAUGUUCGCUAGUGUAUUGCAUAUUGUGUUUUCUCGCGACUGAUACGAUCGUUCUCCUCUCGGUGAAGACCGCUGAAAAAAGAAAGAAAGAUGGAAUUGAUCCAUAUCGGGACAAGUGGCAGCUAAUGCCAAUUUCGAUAAACGCAAGCAAAAUUCACAGGCACCUCAAACACUUGGCACAAAGUCCGUAAAACGUUAUCGACACACACACACACACACACACACACACAAACUGCAGACAUACACGCAUAGUUUAAAAUAUUAGAACAUGUAUAUUUGUAAAACUCGGUCUCCAUGCGCUGGUCAGUCUUACGCCGACUAUUGAACAAGGUUUGCUUUCCAUGGUUCCAUGGUUCAUUAAAAAUAACGAUAUAACGACAGUAUCUUUGUUACGAAGUGGAUUACACGUGGAUUAUUAUAUCGAUAUAAAUAAUAUGUAAGGUCGACUCAUCGUGUACAUUCGUGAAGAUUUGUAUAUCGAGACGAGGACAUACACACUUGUAAAGAAUGUAUAGGAAUACAACACACGCCCCACUUGUACACUGUAUCUUUUUAUAUCAUUUUCCAAGGAUUUGUCAGUUCCUAAUGUAUGAUGAAUACACAGAUGAUGCAUCAUUAAGGCGAGAUGUAUGAAUCAAUCGCCAUUUGUACUCUCGACAAUGCGUACAUUGGUCAAGUCAAGCGGAGCGUGAAUGAGAAAUUGGCAUGCUCCGCAUUAUCGGUUAAAUAGUAAAAGUUCGCUUCUCUCAGUCUAACCGCUGCGCCGUUUUUGCCUUAUUAUCGUGUCGGUCAACAUGUACAAGUAUGCAUGCAUAUAUAUAUAUAUAUAUUAUAUAUACGUACAUAUAUAUAUAUAUAUAAAAUUUUUCAAGGAUUUUCAAGGAUACACACACGCAACAUAAGAUACACACACACACACAACACGUAAAUAAAAAUAGAAAAAAAGUGCAUAGACUAAUACAAGAACAAGAACGUUGCUGUACGUAUAAGAUAAUUACAUUUAUGUAAAGAGCGCUGAAACCACACUAUUCACGCGGUUUGGCGAUAGAUAUGAGUAAUUUUUCUUUUUUUUUUUAUUUUUAUUUCCAUUCGGCUGUCGCACGCCGUAUCGUCAAAGUUAUUUAUGCUGUUGUUAGCACGUAUGACGAAAUGACUAACUCGGAUGACGGAGAAAGGAACGAAAGUCGCUUUUACACGGCAAGAACGGCGCAAAUAUGUUACACACAAAAUCAAACAAUACACACACAUACACAUGCGCCGCAUACAUAUACACAUGUACACGUACUUGUUUAACCAAGUUUUAUACCCUUUCCUGUUCAUAAUGUUACGUUUACGAUAAUCUAGUUUAGUUUUAUAGAGAAAAAAGAAUACUAGGCGGGGUGGAAAGGGGGGGGGGGAAUAAUUACUAUUUAAAUAAGCAAAAGAAUUAGCUUGAAGAAAUGAAGAUAAUGAAUUGUCACUGAUAGAAAUAAUAACACUGCGCUGAUGACUU